AUGGCAGAUGCUUCUUGUUCUUAUGAUCGAGAUGCAUGUGAGUAUACAUUAGAUUAUGGUCAUGGAACAAAAACUCAGGGAGAUCUUAGUGUGGAAACUCUUACAUUGGAUUCCAUCUCCGGUUCUGUUAUCUCAUUUUCUAAAAUUGUGAUAGGAUGUGCACAUACUAAUACUCAAGGCUUUGAGUAUAACGGUAAAAGUUCUGGUAUAGUUGGCCUUGGAAAAGGGCCUAUAACAUCUAAUUUAUCUAGCAAACUCAACUUUGGAGAUGCUGCUACUGUGUCCGGUGAUAAAGUUGUUUCAACUCCUAUGGUCAAAAUGAUUGGGAACCAACAAAAAGAUUAUUACUAUCUAACUUUGAAGGCCUUUAGUGUGGGAAAUAAGAGAAUAAAGUACAAGGGAUUUAAACGUGAAGGAACAAAUGCUUCUACUAAUAACAUCAUAAUUGACUCGGGUACACCUGUAUCUCUUCUUCCACGUCAUGUUUUUCAUAAGUUAGAAUCUGCGGUUAAGAAAGUUAUUAAACUAGAGCGCUUUCAAGAUCCUACUGAUUCGUUUAGCCUUUGUUAUAAUACUACAUCUAAAAAACUGAAUUUCCCUGUAAUUACAGCACAUUUUAGUGGCGCAGAUGUUAAGUUAGAUCCUAAGGGCGUCUUUAGUACUAUAUUUAAGGGAAUUGAAUGUUUUGCUUUUCGACCACAUAACAAUGGAUUAGGCCUUUUUGGAAGCAUGGCACAAAUGAACCAUUUAAUUGGUCAUGAUCUCAAAAGAAAUAUUGUCUCCUUCAAACCUACUGAUUGUAGUUUCUUAGAGGUUGUAUCAAGAAAUGUGAGAUGUAAGGUUAAACCCGCUCUAGGGACGAAACAAGUAGAGACCGAAGGUGGAAAACCGGUGAAGCCCGAAGUGAUUGUUGACCAAAUAAUGGAUGCAUGGGCUCGUAUUGCAAGUUCGCCGAGAAAAGAAUUGUAUGUUGAUGUUGUAUUUCAAUUUUGGAAAAUAUGUGAAAAAUAUCUCGAUUUAUUGAAAUACGUUGAAAGCACCAUUCUUGACAAGGUGAAGGAGAAGUUUGUUUGUGCAUGGACUGAUAAAGUCUGA